GCCGAACGCAGGAGAGCGAUGGUAUAAAAGGAAGAGCGUGAAAGGCAGUUUAUCAGAGACGUAGACUUUUGGAGCUUGGUCGUUCUGAAUCUCUACACUACAAACCCAAACUGCAAUGCGCUGCUGGGCUGCUUUCCUGCUGGCGCUGGUAAUCAGCUCAAGCCAGGCCAUCACAAGGAUCGCUCUGAGGAAGAUGCCCUCGGUGCGGGAGACCCUGCGGGGCAUGGGAGUGACGCCAGCAGAGGUCUUUGCGGAACUGAGCUUGAAGGAAGCUGUGAAUCCACACCCUAGCAACGGGACAACCCCACUCACCAACUACUAUGAUACUCAGUAUUUCGGAGAGAUCAGUAUCGGCUCCCCGCCCCAGAUUUUCAACGUGGUAUUUGACACCGGUUCCUCCAACCUCUGGGUGCCAUCCUACAGCUGCUCUCCCCUGUACACUGCCUGCUUUUCACACAACAGAUACGACUCCUCCAAGUCCAACACACACAUAGAGAACGGGACAGUUUUCUCGAUUCAGUAUGGCUCUGGCAACGUCAGGGGGUUCCUCAGUCAAGACCUGGUGGUGGUGGGAGGGAUCCCUGUGAUCCAGGUGUUUGCUGAAGUUACGGCUCUACCCGCUCUGCCCUUCAUCUUUGCCAAGUUUGAUGGAGUUCUGGGGAUGGGGUACCCCAACUCGGCCAUUGACGGGAUCACCCCCGUUUUCGACCAGAUCCUGUCACAGCACAGUCUCAAAGAGGAGGUCUUCUCAGUGUAUUAUAGCAGGGACCCCCACAAAAAGCCAGGUGGAGAGAUUGUGCUUGGGGGCACAGACCCCAUCUAUUACACUGGAGAAUUCAACUACAUCAGCACCAGCAAGAAAGGGAAGUGGGAGAUCCAGAUGAAAGGGGUGUCAGUGGGCGUGGAGCUGUUGUUCUGUAAAGAAGGCUGCACGGCUGUGAUUGACACCGGCUCCUCCUACAUUACAGGCCCCGCCUCCUCCGUGUCAAUUCUAAUGAAAGCCAUUGGAGCGAUUGAACUGGCAGAGGGAGAGUACACGGUAGACUGCGGCAGAGUGAAGUCCCUGCCCAGUAUCUCCUUCAGCUUCGGAGGUCAUGAAUAUGAACUGACUGGGGAAGAUUACAUUCACUGGCAGUCCAAGUUUGGGGAGGACUUGUGUGUGGUGACUUUUUCAGGUCUGGAUGUGCCCCCGCCCACUGGUCCCAUCUGGGUCCUUGGUGCCAACUUCAUCAGCCGCUACUAUGUGGAGUUCGACCGGAGGAACAACCGAAUCGGCUUUGCACGGGCUGUCUGAGAGGAGAGGAACCUCUCCUCUAAAAAUAAAAUAGAACACCACUCUCACUGUCACAACCGCCGUCCUCUCUUAAAGUCUUCCCCAAAUGUGCUCGGAGCAGACCACCUUAGUCCAUGCUUUCCCCUUAGAUUCAAUUGUGGUGCUACUGUUGUUAUAGCAGUAAAUAACCAAACAAAACAACUGUGCUGAAAACAUCUAGUGGUAUUAGGCAUGUUGUCAUUAUCGUAAAAUAGUUGAACGUUGUUGCAGUAAAUUCUGUAUGUCAUGCCACCUUGUAGUCUAAUCUCAUUCUCUCACAGAAGCUGAGAGUUCAUUGAAUUGGGCUCUUAGUAUACAUAUUGUAGAAUUCACUGCUAAGCUUUUUGAUUUUGCAGAGUCUUUUGUAAUACUUAUGUUGACAAUUAGAAUAUUACAUAUCAGUGCUUUGCUAUGAAAACUGACAUGCUAACUUAUUUAACUUUUAGUUAAAAAAAAAAGGUGAUUCCCAUAUGUAAUAAAUUGUUCAAUUAAAUGACUUAAAUGUUACUAAAAUAGACAUGGUGUAAAAAAACAAUCCUAAAUCUGGCUUCUUUUCCCCCUCUCUAUAUCACGUCCCUCGUUUAUCACUUUCUCUUCUUUCUCUUGGUCUCUCUACAAUCUUUUUUCAAUUCAAACUGCCCCACCCUCCACAUUGUCACAGGCCAAAUUCUGUCAAUGACUAUUAUAAUUAGAUACUUGUUUCUGAACAUUUUGUACCAUUUAAUUUAUUCAGAAGGUAAUGCUAAGUAUUAAAUGUCACCUAUUGCUAAAACUAACUAAAGGGGCUAGAUUUUCAAAGUGAUUUUUUUUCAUCUCGUUAGUAGUAUAAUUUUUGUCUGAAAUAAAACAAACAAGAAACAAUGUUAGACUCC